AUGAAGAUCACGCGUGUAGGCAUGUAUGUGAACGUGGCCAUGGCGGCGACCAAGGGCGCUGUAGGGUUGGCGAUCCACUCCAAUGCAUUGAUCGCUGACGCGGCGCAUUCGCUGUCUGACUUGCUGUCGGAUGUGGUUACGCUCUGGAGUGUCAAAGUGGCGAGACUUCCGCCUGACCCGAAGCAUCCCUAUGGAUAUGGCAAGUACGAGGCGGUUGGGUCGCUCUCGGUUGGAGCCAUCUUGGUGCUGUGUGGACUUGGCAUUGGUGCCGAUGGAUUUCAGGCUAUACAGGAGAUUUGGAACGGCACUGGUGCUUCGAGUCUACCGGAAUUCACCUUACCAUUCCUAUCAGAUAUUGAUCGAAGCACGCAGUGGGCACUUGCGGCGGGUGCUGCGGGUGUAUCUAUCGCAGCAAAAGAAGCUCUGUUUCACGCAACAGUGAAAAUCGGCAAGCAGGCAAACAGCAAGGUACUCAUUGCAAAUGCGUGGCAUCAUCGCACGGACGCUAUUUCUUCUGUUGUGGCCCUUGGUGGCAUUAUCGGCUCGAUGGCAGGGGUGCCUCUCCUCGAUCCAGUUGCUGGUAUGGCCGUGGCUGCGAUGAUCGUCAAGACCGGUGGCGACAUCUGCCUGGACAGGCAUGUAUCUGUUCAAGAGCUCACCGAUAACACUGUCGAGGCCGAGGUACUCGAAACGCUGAAGGAGGUGUCUGCUGGUGUAGAUGAUGUAUUGCAUGUAUCACAAGUUCGGGCUCGUAGAAUGGGACCGUAUACACUAGUGGACUUGCGUGUUCAUCUCCAUGCGCGGACGAGUAUUUCGAUGGCUCAACAGAUCUCGGAGCGAGUGCGAUCUCACAUCUUACACGAGGUCCCCGACGUGACCGAGGUGCUGGUGCAUAUUGACGUUCAAUUCGUGAGCAAGAAGAACUUCCGUCCGUACAGAGAGAUCAAAAACGACAUCAGCUACGCGCUUGCCACCAUUCCCAAGAUCACCGGAACCACGCACAUUAAUACACAUUGGUUGCCACACUUGGGCGGUCGAGACACGGCCGUCGACGUCACCAUCGUCGUCCAACCAGACCUGAAAGUUGGCGGUGCUCACGCUGUCGCGAAGAAAGCCAGGAAGUAUGUGCGCUUGCUAGCUAUCGAAGCCAUCCCGUACAUUGUCGAGGCCGACAUCCAUCUAGAGCUGCAAGACGAUGACGGCGAGCCGUAG